AAAGGUUGUUCUGUAAUGCAAAAUGCAAAUAUAUGGAAUUCUUUCCCACGUCCCAUCCGAUCCAAUAGACCUCCGCGACUGUUCUUUCCCUCAUCUCUCCUCCCCUUCUGCUGCCUUCUUAUUCUUUCCCUUUCUUCUUCGUCUCUCUGUCUGUCUCUCUCUCUCUCUCUCUCUCUCUCUUCCUCUUUCGUUCUUUCUCCUAACAUCAAAUACUAAAGUCAGUAACAGUAACAAACCCAUCUCCUUUAUGUCCUCGUCACUCUUCUCUUUCUCCCUCUGGAGUCCCCAUAGACUCUAUAGGUUACUGUAAUCCAUAAUUGCUCUCUGUGUCUUAAAGUGGUAUUUAGGUGGGAACUGGGAGGGUGGCGUAGGUUUAUCUCCACUUGUCUGGUCUCCUUCUUUUGAACCCGACAGACGGCGGUGAUUUUACUUCUUCACGACGAACAACUGAACCCGACACUCGAUCACUCUCUUUCCUUUCCUUCUUUCUUUUCCUCUGGAAUGCGUAUCUGUGGAGGUUUAGGACUAGGGUUCUUCCUCAAUCAGCUUGGUUUCUUCCCUGUGAAAGGUCUCGAGCUGUUGGAGUCUGGAACUCUUGUUUCGCUCGAUCUUCUUCUUCUCCCUAUUGUUGGCUCUUCUUUUCCUCUCCUCUGAUACCUGUUUAGCUCCCUUCUUUGUUUUUUCAAAUUCUCUCUCUCUCUCUCUCUGUGUUGGGUCGUCCAGUUUUGUGAAGGUCUCUGCUCGAUCAUCUGUUUUCAGAGUUUGGUCGUCUCUUACUGUUUAAAUUUUCCGAUUAAAUCGACCCAUUACUCCCACCUUCUUCUGUAAUUUUCUUCGAGGGGGGAUCACUUGAAAAAAAGGCUUGUAAAGGGAUUGAGGUCUCUGGUUGCCCAAAUGCCGAUGCUCCAUAGGAACCUCUUUGCUUUUUCUUGCUAAUACCUUUACCUGCUCUGGUUCUUGUUUCUCAGAUAGAACCCACUUUCUGGAAUCUUCAUAACCUAUAAACUGAAAAUCAGAAAGAUAAAGAGUGAGAAAAAGGGGGGAAUUCAACGAAUUUGUAGGAGUUAUGCUGGAUCUUAAUUUUGUUUCGGCUGAUUUCACAUGCGAUGAAGAUGAGACCAUGAUUGACGAACUUCCCGAUGGUUCCGGAGGCCAAGUGGACGACUCCGGGACUUCAAAUUCAUUGGUCGUUAAUGCUGAAGCCUCCAGCAAUGGAGGCGAUGACGACUCUUGCUCCACUCACUUCGCCUUCAGCUUUGAUAUUCUUAAGAAGCGAAGUGACGCCAACGAUGCCGUUGCGGUCGAAGACGAUGAUGAUGACGACGGUGAUGAAGCAGAGAACGGGAAUCCGACUACACGGUCGGGUUUCAUUACGAGGCAGCUCUUCCCGGUGAGUGGAGAAACUGGGCCUCCCUGUGAUGCUGUGUUUUACUCUGGGUCAUCUUCCUCUUCUUCGUCUCGAACACAUUGGGUCGAUCUCUCGUUCUCCCAGGCUGACCUGGGGAAUCAGCCGGAGAUGAAGGUUAUAACCACGCAGCAACAGCGGGUGAAGAAGAGCCGGCGGGGACCCAGGUCUCGAAGCUCUCAGUAUCGGGGUGUGACGUUUUAUCGGAGGACUGGGAGAUGGGAAUCUCAUAUCUGGGAUUGUGGAAAGCAAGUUUAUUUGGGUGGAUUCGACACUGCUCAUGCUGCUGCUAGGGCAUAUGAUCGAGCUGCUAUUAAGUUCCGGGGUGUUGAUGCAGACAUCAAUUUUAAUCUCAGUGAUUAUGAUGAUGAUCUGAAACAGAUGAAGAACCUGACCAAGGAAGAAUUUGUGCACAUACUCCGCCGACAAAGCACCGGAUUCUCUAGGGGAAGCUCAAAAUACAGAGGUGUGACACUGCAUAAAUGCGGUCGAUGGGAAGCUCGAAUGGGGCAGUUCCUAGGCAAGAAGUAUAUAUAUCUUGGGUUAUUCGACAGCGAAAUUGAAGCAGCAAGGGCUUAUGACAAGGCAGCUAUCAAAUGCAAUGGAAGGGAGGCAGUCACCAACUUUGAGCCGAGCACAUAUGAAGGGGAGAUUGUCUCUGUGGUGGAUGAUGGAGGCAGUGGCCACAAUCUUGAUCUUAACUUGGGGAUUUCUCCCCCUUCUUUGGCUGAUGGCACAAACAUGAAUGAGAGUAUGGGCGGUUUCCUGUUCGAUUGUGGCCUUCGUGACACGCCUGAUGCUAGGGGAGCUAGGAUGGAGAACCAUGCUUCAGCCUCAGUGGGUGAUCAAAUGAAUCAUGGCCCACAGAUGGCAUCUGUGCACCCUCCGAUCUGGCCUGGCAUAUAUCCCAGGCUCUUUCCCAAUUUUGAGGAAAGAGCAAUGGAGAAGAGGGUCGAAGCAGGUUCACCAGGACUCUCAAACUGGGCAUGGCCAAUGCACAGCCAUGGCAGUGGCGGUGCCAACCCAAUGCCACUGUUUUCUACUGCAGCAUCAUCAGGAUUCUCUUCUUUUGCCACUUCAUCAGCUGUUCUUCUUCAGCCACGCACUGGUACAGCUCAACAAUGCCAUUAUCCUCCAUCCACAACCUACCCCACCAAUGCUCCUCACGAUUAUUACAGAAACUGAUACCAGCACCAACCAAAGACCAACCAAAAAUCCCCUUAAUAUGUGGAGAAGGUUAAUGGGAAUCCAACCUUUUCCAAGGUGGUUUUUUAAUUCGUCUCUUAGAUGGAAUCAUAGUAUUAUAUAAUAAUUCAAACAUUCAGAGACAUUGUGCCCUAUAUAUCGGUGGCACACAUUUGCUACACGAGUGCUGCACGGCCGCAGCUAUAGAGUAUUUGUAACUGGAGAUAAUGAACCAGGUACCUACGUCACUUUGGGACAUAAUAUUGGCAUUGCUCGAGUAGAUUUGGCCUCUUUCUCUAAUUGUAUAUCGUCAUGGGUUUUUCACCAGAGUUCUAAUCAGCUAUAUGAAAAAAUUGUCAUGCACAUGAAAUAUGCACACAGGGAAGGUGUUACUAAGAUUUUUAUUUUUAUUUUUUGGACGGGGAAGGAUUUAAUAUUAAGGGAAUUUUUUGUUUACUGUAACCAUUGUGUUUUGUGCCAUGUGGAAGAGUGGUGUGGCAAUCCAAUCUUGGAUAUCUAGGGAAUGAUCUGAAUUGCAUAUUACAGUGUCAAAUUCUAUCAUUUAUCAUUCCCUGUAAUGGAAUUUCUUUCUCAUGAAUGUUAUGCUUUUUGUAUUC